AUGACUGUCCCACCCCCCUCAAUCACUGCCGCUGCCGAUUUACUGAGCAAAUGUACCGGCCAGCAAGUGACAAUUCCAUCCCUUUUCUCCCUUAGUCCAGCAUGGAAACCUCGCUUGAACCAGGACUAUAAUAUCUGCGUGCAGGCCAAUCUCGACGUGUGGCUCCACAAGUAUAUCACUGGUGAAUCUUCUCUGAGGAGAAGCCAUCAAACAGACGCCCCAUUCUUCGUGCGCACUCUCUAUCCAGAAGCUGGUCUGAAGGAGUUGUAUACGUUAGCCAAAUUCUACUGUUGGCUUUUUGCCUGGGAUGACGUCGUCGACUACCACGAAUUCAAGGACCAGAGCCAGACGCGAGAAAUAUAUCGAUCCGAAACAAUCACUUGUAUCCAGAAGAGCCUCUGUAGCAAGCAUUCCUAUAACCCCGUUGUACUUGCACCGACGUAUAAAAUGGCACGUGGAUUUUAUGAGAUAGGGCGCGAAAUCUGUGAAGGUGUUAAGAACGAAACCGUCAGACAUUUGAUUGCAAACUCGCUAUGCGACUAUGUCAACACAGUGAUAAAUGUCCAAGCUUCCUUGGAUUCUGGAGAGGUUCCAAGUCUGGAUAUUUAUCUUGAUACGCGAACAAUGACCUCAGCAAUCAGCUACGCGUAUCACCUCGAUCUUCCAGAUUGGCUCCUGUAUGAUGAUCUUGUAAGGAAGUUGAUGAAGCAUGCAAAUCUGUUCGUGUCAAUCGGGAAUGAUAUAAUCUCCUUGCGGAAUGAGAUGACAAAUGGACACGUGGACAAUAUUGUCCCUUUGCUUAUGCAUCAUGAGGGAAUAGAGCCCCAGCAAGCAGUGACUCGUGCUGUUCAGAUGGUCACGAAAAGUUAUAUGACACUUCAAGACUUGGAGUCUCAGAUCAAUCAGGCUGUGGUAGGUGAUGAGGGUAGCUGCGACAUUAAAAGGUUUUUGAGAGGAUGUGUAGAUGCCUGCAUCGGGAGCGUCAAUUGGACCUACACGACGAAGAGGUAUUUUGACUUAGACCCAGACCGACGAAUGGCGGAUAUAACUAUCACUCUGAUUGACUAG